AUGCUCUACCACUUGAGCUACAGGAUGAAAAGCUUUAUUAACUCAGUUGAUAGCGCCUCUCUGGGACGCAUCUCCUCCAGAGCAUUUGUUAAUUCAGAUACUUGUGGUCAUAUUUUCACUCAAAAACUCAAAGGAUUCCCCAUCAGAAGUGAGAAAAAAACAUUGCCCUUCAUCUUCAAGGAUGUCAUGGGUUUGGUACCUGGAGCAUUUACAGGGCCACAACCAGAAGACAUCAUCAAUGAUGUGUUUGGUCACAUGAAGGAUGGCUAUAAAUUCAAUGAAGAGCAGCCACUCAAUUAUAAGGAUCAACAAUUCAACUGUGACCCCAACCUCUCCGACCCGUCUUUCUUCCUGGUUUACGUCAUACCCACACAUACGGUCCAAUACACAGAUGAUCAUCUUAUUGACAAGAUGAAGCUCAUCCGCCAGAGAAUCAGUGAAAAGGGGAUUCCUCAAGUGGUUGUCAUGACUCAAGUGGAUGAUGCAUGUGGACUCGUCAAAAAUGAUCUAAGGAAGGUCUACAGUAGCAAGAAAAUCAGGGAGAAGAUGGAGUUGUGCAGUACCAAAUUGGGUGUGCCAUUGACAAACAUCUUCCCAGUGAAGAACUACCAUGAUGAGAUUGACACCGAGGAUGACAUUGAUGUUCUGAUACUAAAGGCAUUUGAACAGAUUGUUCAACUUGCUGAUGAUAGAUUGAAGAAUAGUGAAAAUUACUGACAAAAGU